GUGAGUGUGCUUAUAUACCAGUGGCCCAGCUGAGAUAAGGAGGCACACAGUGGACUUUUCUUGCCCGCACGAUUCUACUUAAAUGCAUCAUUGUCCAGCCGACCUUUUCUACCUUAUGAUGAAGGAUUUGUGAUGACAUGGCUGUAGUGCUAAGAGCGUUGGAGAAAGUUGGUGUGUCUAAGUGUUUGUGGAGAACUAGGAUUCUUAAGAACACUAAAACACAGGCAGGAGAAGAAAAGAUUAAUCACAUCAACUUUACUGCAUUCUCGCACUAAGCUGAAGAGCAACACGCGCCGAGCAGCCGCGUGAGAGUCUCUCCCCAAAAAGCGAUGACCAGCAAUGCAAGGGAGUUUCGGUGAAAUUUCCAAGGAGGACAAACUGUGGGUGAUCUGAAGGGAAGAGGAGCACGACUGAGGCAAUGAAUGCGGCGAAGAGCAGUGAGCAGAGGCUCGGACAGAGCCGUACCGGCACUGAGACGGACUCCAGGAAGAUGGGAAACCCCAGUACCAAUACCGAGAGCGGCUCAAGGAACGGUGCCAAUUGCAACACCAGUGUGGAACAGGGCUCGAGGAACAUUCGCAGUUCCAACAACAGCACCAGUCAGAGCUCUAGAAUCAUGAGCAAAUCAAACAGCAGUGCUCAAAGGGGUUCCAGGUACAUGAGCAACUGUAACACUAAUGCUGUGAAAGGAUCGAGGAACACAGUAAACCAGAACUCUAGUGCUGAGCAAGGGUCCAAAACCAUGGUGAAUCACAACAUCAGUCCUGAGAAGGGCUUGAGAAACAUCAGUAACGGCAACAGACAGGCCUCAUCCAAAGCAUCGGCACAACCACAAAACAACAACGUCCUGCAGUUGAGGCUCCAGCAGAGGAGGACGCGAGAGCAGUUAGCAGACCAGGGCAUCAUGCCUCCCCUGAAGAGUCCAGCUGCAUUCCACGAGCAGAGGAAAAGUCUUGAACGCUCCAAGACUGGUGAUUAUUUAAAGCAUAAAAUCCGGAGUAGACCGGAGAAAUCAGAGCUGGUCAACAUGCACAUUUUACAAGACUCCGCCAGCGAGGGCCACGCUCAAGACUCGCAGAGCAAACUCAAACGUGCCCGACUGGCUGAUGACCUCAAUGAGAAAAUCGCCCUGAGACCAGGUCCACUAGAACUGGUUGAGAAGAACAUCAUCCCUGUCGAUUCAACUCUUAAAGAGGCUGCUUUAAAAGUGAAUCAUGGGAAGUUUCCAAAGCAGGAGGACUCAUAUGCAUUUGAGGAGGACAGCAGCAGCGAGAGCCUGUCUCCUGAACAGCCCGUUAGUGACGAGUCCCAGAGCUCAGCCGGGCCUUUGGCAGAGAGCAAGGCUAGCAGUGGCAUCCCAUCCCCCUCACUGACCACAGAAAAUACACAGGAGUCACAGACCAGAGAAGCAACCAUUCAAAACCAAGAGGAGUGUCCACCUGUGACAAACAGCCAGACAGCUCCACCCAUUCCAGUCCCUGCAAUAAUAAAGGCCAGAACAUCAGACAAGAAUCGUCAUAAGAAACCCAAAGAUGUUAAGCCGAAGGUGAAGAAGCUGAAGUACCACCAAUACAUUCCACCAGACCAGAAAGCCGAAAAGUCUCCUCCUCCAAUGGACUCAGCCUACGCCCGGCUACUGCAGCAACAACAGCUCUUCCUGCAACUGCAGAUUCUCAGCCAGCAGAAACACCAGCAGCAGAAUCACUCACACCAGUCCCAGUGUCCACAAAGCCAGAGCUUUAGCUACCAGCCCGUACACCAGCAUCUGUCAACCAAGCAGACCAGUGAACAGCAAACGCCGUGCAGUUCAAGCACUGCCACCAGUACAGAAAGCAGCAGCUCCUCAUCUCCUGUAAAAACUACAUACUGCAGCACAUCCAACAUCACUCCAGUCAGACCAGGACCUCUGCCUGCUAACCUUGAUGAUCUAAAGGUGUCUGAGCUUCGGCAGCAGCUGAGAAUACGAGGUCUGCCAGUAUCAGGAACCAAGACUGCACUGAUAGAAAGGCUGAGGCCCUAUAAAGACUCCAGCUCUGCUUCUCCCUCCCGUUCUGGAGAUAUCACGACUGUGACCUUCCCAGUGACCCCCACUGGCUCACUCUCCUCCUACCAAUCCCCUAGUUCUUCCGGUACUAUGUCCCAUGUAGGGGGGUACUACCCAUUCUGCAGCACUACAUCUACCCCACCCAUAUCUCCUGUCUCCUCUGAGCUGUCUGUCAGUGGCUCACUUCCUGACAGUUUUAGCGAUGUCACUAUGUCUUCCCCACAGUUUGGCUUGCAGCCAUCACCAGCUCAAUUGAGUGCAGAUGACAACCAGAACUGCCUUCAUGGUGAACCAGGCCUGGACACUGAGAAGGACAAGAUGUUGGUAGAGAAGCAGAAGGUGAUUGAGGAGCUGACAUGGAAAUUGCACCAGGAGCAACGGCAAGUGGAAGAGCUACGGAUGCAACUGCAUAAACGGAAGCACAGUCAUGGCAUGCAGGAGCCAGUGCACUUGCAGCCCCCAAGCCAAAUGCAGCACUUCUUUGGUGUGUCUAUCAAACAGGAGCAUGUGACCUCCAGCUGUCCCAUGGCCUUGAAACAGCAAAAGAAUGGACCCCCAAACAGUUGCAUGGAGCCAGUGGGACACUGUAGCCUAGGUGGUGGGCUCAGAAGCAUGGACAUGCCUUCCUCUAGAAGUCCUUCUGGUCUUCCAGCCUAUCUAAGCCCUCAGUGCUCUCCUCAAGACUCACCUGUGACAAAGAACUCAAACAGCCCACAGCCCAACAGCCUGCCCUCCUCUCCUAGUCAUCCAUUUUUGCUCUCAUCUACCCUGGGCAGGGAUAGCUGCCCUCACAAUGGAGCUAGACCACAUCCCAUGCAGCUCCAGCAGAAGAAUGUUGCUCAGUCUGUAAGCUGUACCUAUUCACCUGACCAAAGAAGUAUACAGCCAGUGUACCCAAGCAGUGAGAAUAACCUAAAUCCCAGAGGAUCUUCUAAGGCAAAAAAUCUAAAUAUGCAGCAAAAGCAGAUGACUAGAAGUCAGCAAAUGGACGAACUCCUUGAUGUCCUUAUUGAAAGCGGAGAAAUGCCAGCUAACGCCAAAGAAGAGAGGUCCCCUGUAACCAAAGUUGUGCCUCACCUUACAGUUUCACCAAGCAAUGCUGCCACCAGUGCCCCAUCCAUGCCAAAGUUUCACCGCCACUACAACCACAUUUCGUCCUCUGAGGUGCCAUACGAGCAUGUAGCAGGGCACACUGAGUGCCAACUGGAGGUGCUUCUGAGCCCAGUGAGCCGCCAUGGUGACAUCAUUCCUAUCAAAAUGGGCAAUGACGAGGGCCAGCUGGAGGAAAUAGGAGACUCCUUUCCUGGUCAUCACCAUGACGACAAGUUGCUCAGCAACAGAGACAUGAUGGACACACCUUUGUCUCCCAUGGCCACCAAAGUCUCAACAGUGCCCACAGAUAGUCAUGGGCUUGGCAUGACAUUCGCGGAGUCACCGUGGGAAAGCAUGGAGUGGUUGGACUUAACCCCUCCCAGCUCAGCCACGGCAUUCAGCAGCAGCAUGGCUCCCUCAGCACCCAGCAUCUUCAACACAGAGUUCCUGGAUGUGAGUGACAUUGGACUGAACUCAGCCAUGGACCUGCAUCUUGAGCACUGGUGAAGUCAACCAGGGAGCUUCAUUCGAUAAAACAUUCGUCUAGGUAUAUAUUGAGCAGUAACAAGAAGCACUUCAUAUCCAAAUUCUUUUUAAUGAUUUGGUUUCCAGAAGACGCACAGUCAACAGGAUAAAAUAAAGCUAGAGGCUGACCUGUUAAAAUUUUACUCAAUAUCUUCUUCCUACAGUUUAACUCAGUUAAAGAUGUUUUAGUCCAAAACUUUACAAUCCUUUGGACUUUAUAUUGUGGGAAAGAAUGUAGGAAAGAAUUACUGGAAAUAAUAAAAACUAAAUGAACCGAAUACUUUUAAGCCAAGCAACUAAAAUGAAUUAAACUGCAUUCACAGUCCAUUUGUAAAUAUUAUACUACUGCUUCAAAUGUCUUUCCUGCACAUGGUGUUGGACAAAAAACUCCUGAAGUGCUCCCAAAAAAACAAAAACAAAUCACAACCACAUGUAUACUAAUGUGCUAUUGUAAAUAUUCAUUAAUGCUCACACUGCACCUUGAGUAGUAUAGUAACUUUGUCACAUUUGGUUUGACAUAUAUUUUUGGACAUUAUGUAAUUGCCUCUGUUUUAUUAUUUAGAUAUUUUUAGCUUCAAUCCCCAUUUUAUUUUUUAAAAUAAUUUUUAAUUUAUUUAGACAGCUAAGGUACAAUGUAGUUGUGUCAGUAUAUGUCUAUCUAUAAUGUGAGUAUGUCUUAGUUGCAAGUCCAUUUAUUAAAUACAAAACAAACAGGCUACUUAAGUCAGUGAACAAUUAAGAAUCAUACAAGUCUGUCGUGACAUUUCGCUCUUGAUUUUAAUUCCCUUAAUUAAGGACAAAUUUCUUUCUAUAACUUUGUAGACACAUGGUACACAUCCCCAACGUUUUUCUUGUAAAAAUAUGUUCUGUUUACAUUUUGCUCUCUGCUUGCCCCUAUAUGCAAGGUACCAUCUUAAUGGCUUUUUGUGAUAUGAAUAAUAAUAUCGACACGUGACCCAUUUGCUAUCUUGGAAGAUGUCACAUCUCAGAUGUAUUUAUUUGGACAUUUGGAUAUUUGCAUAGAUAUAUUUAUACAUAAGAUAUUUAUAAGACAUUCUUUUGUUUAGGAAGAGGACAUAGGAAAGACAUAUCCUCACGCUAGAGAUUCAUGAAAAUCUGGCACAGAAAAAUCAGACUCCCGAGUUCUAUUUUUAUACAGAAUUGCAAUACUAGCUUUUUGCUUAUCUUAACAAAUUAUUCAAACAUAAAUCUAUUUUAUUAAAAAAAAAUAUUCUGACAAGACACUCUCUCACUCAUCUAUACCGCUUUAUCCUGCAUUCAGGUCACAGGGACCUGGAGCCUAUCCCAGGAGGCUUAGGGCACAGGACGGGGUACACCCUGGACAGAGUGCCAAUCUAUCGCAGGGCACACACGUCCACUCACACACUCAAUCACACACUACGGGCAAUUUGGAAAUGCCAAUUAGACUCAUCUACAUGUCUUUGGACUGGGGGAGGAAACCGGAGUACCCGGAGUAAACCCACCAAGCACAGGGAGAACAUGCAAACUCCAUGUACACAGAGACGGUAAUCGAGCCUGGCCGGGAAUAGAAACCCGGACCCUGGAGGUGCAAGGUGACAGUGCUAACCACUACACCAUUGUGCCGCCUGACAAGACACUAUUAUGGAAAUUUUCAAAUGUCACACAGAAAGAUAAAGAUUGUGUAUAACUAUUAUUAUUAAGCCAUACAUGUGUCACACAAUAUUAAAAUAUGCUGAAUAUGAGUCAUGGAUCAGGUUCAGCUGUGUGGAUACAAAAGCACAUACACAUCUUACACAAAGUGCCCUAAUAUUUAUAGCUGUAAAUGGCAAUAAAAUGGAAGCUGGAAGGGCACAAAAUAUUUUCUAAUAUAAUUUUCUACCUGAAAUUUAUAUUAAAUAUAUACACAGUAUAUUUAACAGCAUUGUAUUAUUAUUAUUAUGAUUAUUAUUGUCAUUUUGAGAGGUGUUUAAGUCAAACCGGGACUUUUGAUUCUGCAGAAUAACAGAACACAAUUAUGAAUAACUCAUUAUUUAUUAAUUUAUAUAAUCCCCUUUUUCACUAAUUCACUUACCAAGUGUUUACCAUUGCUUGGAUACAAUUAAAGUAGAAAGUUUUCUCAGUACCCUGGAGCAAUGAUCAGACUGCUAGAUUUACGUCGGAAACUCUGGCCUCCCAGGAAUUCCAUUUAAUGGACCAAACAUGUGGAAAUCUCAGCAGUGUCAAACUGGUGAUGUUAUCAGUUGUGUUUAAAGGACCAGGCGUUCAUCUCGCUGAAUGUUCACGGGAACAUGUUCUGAGUCACCUCAGCAAGGAUAGUCAUUCCCAAACAUACAGCCUUCUUUUAAACCUUCGCACAAUUCAAAUGUCUUACUGUGGGUUAAGUGUCUCAUCACCAUAUUGUGCUUGAGUAGGCUUCUGUAAAUAUCAAUCAGUUUUACACCUUCAUUCAUGAGGCUUAAAAAUCCUGGUUUGACUUAAACACCCUUCGUAUUAUUAUUGGUAACAACAACUAUACAGCUAACAAUUCAAUUGCAAAUCACAGUUCAAAUAUUAGAUUAGGUUUUUAAUACUUCGCAACCAAGUUUCAUACAGAUACACUAUAGAUGAAGUUAAGGUCAAUUUGUUUUUAAUUUUAUUUCCCUUUUUUCGAUUGUCCAUUUGACUCAGUGAUGUAGCUCAUAAGGUUAAAUGUUCCGAUUGCACUAACCGCACACUUUAAUUUUUGUACAUUUUCCCCCCAAUGCAACUGAAAGCUGAAAUUCAGUUUUAAAGUUCAGCAAUUUAUUGACAUAUUGUAAUAAUUUUUACAAGAACAGUGUUAAUCUAAGUGGCCCAGUCUUCCCAGCAGAAUGUAAUGUAAUAUACUGUGUAUUGUUUUACUGUGAAUAUUUGCACCCACAGCAGGGAUGGCAAAUACACGACCUGUGGACAUUUUUCUCUUCAUUCAUUCAACAGUAUUUUGCGUGUGUAUUGUCUUGCUUUGGUGUCUGAUUAGUGGGAGAAAAAUCGAGUUCACUGACGAUUUAAACUGUGAACAGAGCAGUGCUGUGUAUGCUAUAGGACAUUUCACAUGGAUUUUGCCAUUCUUAGUUAGUGAUGGAUAAUAAUGAUCAUCACACCGAUGGACAAUUUAUUUUCCUAGCAUUGCACACCAUCUUCAGAUUUUCCCUCUUUUGAGCAUAUUAGCUAUACAAAUAUUUGAAUGUAAACAGCAGAGUAAUGAGAGUUCAUACUGUGGACAUGUUAUGUUGGUGCAUUUAUCUUGCAUUUUGGGCUUCACAGAGCAGGUCCAAGGUUCAACAUAAUCAGUUUUUUAUUACUAGAGAGAAACGCAAUAUGUUCUGGAUUAUCUUGUGGUCUAUAUUGGCUGUAAUUUUGUCCUCCUACAAAUAACAGGUUUGGAAUAGAAGAAUGUAACAAACCUAGAUUGGGUUUAUGAAUUUGAAGAAAAGAUCUGUUCUGCUAAAAAAUUUGAAUUAUACAUGACUCCAGUCUUAUCAUACACUACUCCUAACCAAGAAGAUUCAUGAGAGAAUUCCAUUAUUCCAUAAAAUCUGUCCAGUACACACGGUCGCUCUCUGUGUUGCUGAAGGAAACAAAUUUGUGUUGUUUUGUCUUAAUUUUUUUUCUCCUGGGGAAGAAAUACAUAGAUGUGACAAAAAGCGUUUGUACUGCUUGGCCACUGAACUGCUUUACAAUGUAAACCGUCUCAGUAUGUCUCCACCACUGUACUAUUAAAACUUCAAUAAACACCAACGAAUUCAAAAAUUUCCAAAA